CGCCGUGCUCUGCCUGGUCUGCGCGAUGGUCGCCGUCUGGAAGACGAACCUGCGCAAGGUGAUUGCGCCCAAGCUGCGCCGGAAGAAGCCGAACGACGAGCCGCUCAAGACGUUUGUGACGCAGGAGGCGGUGCCCAACGAGGAGGAGGACCCUGAGCUGGUGAUCAACCCGAUCAUGCUGGCGCGGCACCACAUGGAGGAGGACCACAAAAGGGCCAAAGACAAGAAAGCAGCGAAACGCAAGGGAGGGCAAGGCAGGACGGGCGGCCUGAAGCGGCUCUGGGGAAAUGAGAGCGUAAGCGGAACAGCCGCAGCGAGCACGAGCCAGCCAAUGAACGGCAAGGCAAUCGUGGAUGGCUGGCUGGCAGCAGAGCGUGCACGAGAGACGGCGGUCAACGGGGUGGUCCAGCCCGAGAAGCCGGCCGGCAAGGACAAGGGCAAGGGCAAGGGCAAGGCGGGGAGCUCCAAGACCAAGCCCUGAUGCAUCGCAUCGAGUUGAAUAGAGAGGAUGAGCACCGCACCCGCGCUCUCUCUCAUCAGAUACCUUUACCAUGAUGGCAUGCUUCGUUUGUUGUGGCCGAGUGUACGUUGUACGUAGCUCACCCAGUGCAGAUUUUUGAGGCGGCCGGGCUGUAGCCCUCGUACUUCUCGGUGUGUUAAGUACUUACUUUCAUUCU